AGUCCAACGCAAGCGUGCACUAACACACGCGUGAUUCUACUCUACAUCCCCCUAUAUCUAUUUCCCAUCUCUCUCUCUGCUCACUCAUCUUAUCUGCUUUCUUUGCAUUCUCUCAAGAUUUCAGCAACUUCUUGUCUGAAAAUACACUCAUUCUCUCUGGAAUUUAAUCUUGAUUAUAUAGAUCAGAUUAAGGAUUAAAGAUUAGUAUGCGGUGGUUUAGCCUCUCUGUUUAUGCUGUCCGAAGAUUCAUUAUCAGUUUGUUCUGCCGUGUGAUUCUGUAAUUUGUUUCUGAAAUCUAUUCUUUAUAUAAUUUUGAGAUCACCCUUUUCAAUUUGUGCCCAGUUCUUGUGAUUGAUUUAUAUAAAUAAAUCUGCAUUUUAUAUUUUAUACUAUAACCUAAUCGAUAUUCCUCCAAUGGGGUCUAAUCUCUUCGUUGUCAUCCCUUGUUAUUGCCGUUGGAUCAGUUGAAAAUCUUGUUGGAUCAUAGGUUUACUUCAAACAAAUUGUCUUUUAAAAAUUUAGGUGUUUUUCCGGAUUUGAUAUCAAUCUGCUUUCUUGGGCUUCAAUUAGCUCUGGUUCUGUUGAGGGUUAUUUUUUUUGGGGAUAGUUCUUGUUUGAGAAUUUAGUUGGUUUCGAGAAAAGGGGGAAUUAUAAGGGUUGGGAAAAAGUAGUUAUGGUGUGCCAAGCAGCCGGCCAAACAAAAUUUCGAGCUUUGAAGCAUGAAAAUGGAAUUGCUGGGGGUGCCACCAUAAUUGUUAGAGUUAUUGCUUGCUUUCAACCUCUACAGGAUUGCCAGGCUGAAUACUUCCGUCAGUUGCUCAAACCUGUAACGUACAUUGUUAAUCUGCUUCUUUUCCAAUUUUCGUUGUCUGGUGGUUGUUUUGGUUGGAUGGAAGAGGGCAUCGGAAGCUGGUACGUCCACCAGCAAAACAAUGGGCAAUCAUCCAAUUUCAAUAUUUUGAAUGCUCCAUACUGUUUGGGCCAGCAGAGUACAUCCCCUUCUCAUAUGAACUCAUGCUAUAAUCUUGUAUAUAAUCUUGUUUCUACGAAUGGUAGUAUGCCCAUUCAUGGGUCUUUUGGGUUGCCUCAGGCUGAGAUCAGUCAACAAUUUGAACCUCGUAAUUGGUCAUACUGCUUGCCCCGAUUUCGUCAGGCCUUCACCCCUGUGUUAAAUACUGCUUCUCCUUAUAAAAAUUGCGGGGACCCUGUGGCUUCAAAUGCUCAGAGUACCCCUAAAAGGUUUCUUGUUUUCGAUCAGUCAGGAGAUCAGACCACAUUGAUGUUCAGUUCUGGGAUCAGCAGUCCUGUUAACAACAUGCCUUCUUGGCGCCCAAAAGCUUCUAAUACAUUUACUCUCUACGAAGAGCUGAAAAGUAAACACAAAGCAGGCAAUCCAUCUAGGACGUUUUCGUACAACGCUAAUGAUGAACAAGACUAUGAGAUUGAUGGACAAAGUGAGAUGCACGAAAACACUGAAGAACUAGAUGCACUACUUUACUCUGAUGAUGAAGGUGAAUAUUCCGAGGAUGAGGAAGAAGCAAGCACGGGACAUUCACCUAGUACUCCUGAUAACAAACGAGUAUGGUUUGACGAAAGUGCAGAACAAGUUUCUAGUUCAAGCAGGCCAGCAAAAAAACAGAGAGUUUCAGGUGGGGAUCAUGAUGUUCCAUCACUCAUCGACACAGCAAGUUCCCUGAAAAGUCAUAGAUGCAUCGAGCAUGAAGACACUGCAGAAUCUAGCUGUGGUAACGUCAACAAUGUGAUUGGGGAAUUAAACCCGGCAUCUGCAGACCAACGGUAUAAAAUGGAAAACAUACGCAAUACCAUAAGCAUUCUGGAGAGCAUAAUUCCUGAUGGAAAGGGUAAAAAUUCUAUUGCGGUCCUUGAUGAUGCUAUUCAGUACUUGCGAUCUUUAAAGGACAAUGCUAAAGCUUUAGGCCUUAAUGGUCAGUAAAACACACUUGCAAAUUGUCACCUGCACCACCAGUUGUAUCCUUUUAUUUGGCACGUGUUUCAAGCUUGUCUCUCUUCCGUGUUCUCGUGAAGUUGGUUGGCACAAGGUUAGCUAUAGAAGUUGUAUAUAAUAUUUCCGUUGGCAAAUUAUGAAUACAUAUCUCGAAGAUUACGAGUUAAAUUCACACCUCGGCAUGGGAGUCGGCUUUGUAGACUCGAAAAGGGGCUCAUAAGGAGGAGGCCAGUGGGGUGAGUUGGGAUCCUAACUCUCAGUUUCUUGUAAUUUCCACUUCUCUGAUUCAAAAGCUCUUCAUCCUGGCAAAUGGUUUGCCCACAGCAUUCGAGUUUGUACUAUAGUUGCGAGGUGAAGUCCAUGUGUGAACCAUUUGGUAUUUUUCUUUCCAAUGUAUUUUCGUCCAUGUUGGAUAUAUCUCCAUAUUGUUUGCUUUGUAAGUGUUUAAUACCAUGAAUAUGAGUAUCUUUCUUCUA